AAAUCACAGAUUCUUCCAAUUACCUCCGAUCAAAAAAACCACCACUAUCAUUACCCUUCAAUGGAAUCAAUCAACACCUUGAAAGGCUACGACAAAGUAUCCGACCAAGAAAACCAAAUUCAUCAUCAUCAUCAUUCUCCACUUCCAAAACCAUCAUCAUUUUCCCGUAAAACCCUAAUCGCCACCGUCUCCGUCGUAUCUCUCCUCUUAAUCCUCACCGUCGUCGCUUUAACCGCCGGAGUUUUCACUCAUCCUCCUCCACAUAAUCCUCCCAUCUCCUCCGCUUCUCUCAAGUCAGUCUGUGGCCUUACUCGUUACCCAGAGACCUGUUUCAAUUCUCUAUCUUCUUCUCUCAACGAAUCAGAUUCAAAACUUAACCCUGAAUCAAUCCUCGAGCUUUCUCUUCGAGUCGCUGUUAAAAAUCUCUCAAACCUCUCUAUCUCUUUCCGAUCUAUCAACGAUAUGCCUGAAGACGCGGCGGUUGGUGAUUGUGUGAAGCUUUAUACCGACGCGUUGAGUCAACUCAACGAUUCGAUUACAGAGAUUGAGAAAGAGAAGAAGAAAGGAGUGAACUGGUUGACUAAAGAAGUCGUCGGAGAUGUUAAGACUUGGAUUAGCGCCGCCAUGACUGAUGGUGAGACUUGUUCCGAUGGGAUUGAAGAAAUGGGAACAAUUGUAGGGAAUGAGAUCAAGAAAGAAAUGGAUAUGGCGAAUCAGAUGAUGAGUAUUAGUUUGGCCAUUGUUAGCCAAAUGAAGAAGCUUUUGUUGAUAUUUCACUAAACCAAUCAUAAAGGUUGCAACUUUUUUCUUUCUCUGUUUGUCAAUUUCGAAUUCAUGAAGUGUGUUGUGAGCUUCUCUGUUCUUGCUCUGUAAGUAACUACUACAUUGAUUUGUUUUUGGUAUGUAAUUUGAUAAAAGAUAAAUCUUUUG